GCACCAGUAAUCGACAUGUACCCAGUGAUCGACAUCUAACCUAGUCUUAAGGAAAAAAUAAGAGUUAUAUUUUGAUUUCCCGUCAUGGCAACACUUAAUCAUAGACAACAGGACUCCCUCUGUCGUCACAAAACAGAACUUUGGGCUCGGCCAUUUGUUUUCAAAAUGGCGAGCUAAAUAUUACUGUCACCGUUUGUGUUCCUUAGCUAAUCCGAUUUUAUUAGCGAAAUCCAUAACAAGAUGGCACCCAGAAAAAAUUAUACGUCCGAGCAAAUGGCUAAAGCUGUUGAUGCUGUCCGCAAAGGCGAAAAAGUUGCCGUUGCAGCUCGAAGAUUUGGAGUGCCCAGAAUCACACUGCACGAUAAGUUAUCUGGAAAAACUCAAAUUAACUGUACAAUGGGGCCCAGUACAGUGCUUUCAAAAAUGCAUUUAGAAAUUUUAGAAAAAUGGUUGAUAACAAUGCCACUAAAACGCUUUCCGAUUUGUAGAGACUCCUUACUAGAUAGUGUCCAGAAAAUUAUAAUAGAUCAAAAGAUUCCCAAUCCAUUCACAGAUAAUAGACCUGGAAAGAAAUGGUAUCUUGCUUUUUUAAAAAGGCACCCUAAUUUGGCGGAAAAAUACCUGAGAAUUUGUCAAUUGCUCGUGAUAACGUCUCGGAAAAAGAUAUAAGAAAUUGGUUUCAAGAAGUUGAAAGUUACUUAGAAGAAAAUAAUCUAAAGGAUAUUUUAAAAGAUCCUAACAGAAUUUUUAAUGCGGAUGAAAGUGCAUUUUUUUAUCACCGAAACCAGGCCCUGUUCUUGCACAGAAAGGUCAAAAACAUUUGUAUACUUCAUGCGGUGAUGACAAAGAAAACCUAACGGUUUUGUUUACUGGCAAUGCUGCUGGCGUCCUUGCCCCGCCAAUGAUAGUUUUUAGCUAUGAAAGGGUUCCCACAUAUAUUGCAUCCACUGUACCUGAAGAUUGGGCGAUAGGGAAAUCCGAAAGCGGGUGGAUGUGUAGCAGCACAUUUUAUGAAUAUGUCGUAAAUAUUUUUAACCCAUGGCUUGAACAAAAUAUGAUUCAAAAACCAAUAAUUUUUUUUAUAGAUGGCCAUAAAUCACAUCUUACCUUACACUUGUCGAAUUUUUGUUCAGAACACGGAAUAGAAGUUGUUGCGCUGUAUCCUAAUUCUACUCACCUGUUGCAGCCAAUGGACUUAGCAGUUUUUAGGCCACUAAAAUUAUUCUGGAAGAAGACUGUCAACGAAUGGAAAAUGGAAAAUCUGGGCCAAAACGUUAAAAAAGAAAAUUUUGCUCCACUGCUGAAAAAAGCUAUAGAAAAAUUAACUCCUGAUUGCAUUAAAAACGGAUUCAGGGCCGGAGGCUUGUUUCCAUUUGGUCCCGAUUAUAUCGAUAUGUCCAAAAUCAAAAACAGAGAAGAAGCUUCAGUUAUUCAGUCCAAUCCAGCAUUAACAGAAUUUGUUAAAUAUUUAGAAAAAGAGAUAAUUGGUGUUUUUUCAGAAGAGAAGUUAGCUAUGUUUCAGAAUCUGUUCUAUAAAAAAAGAGACACAGUUGAAAGUGACCUUCCCGAGGAAGACACCGCUUUGUACGUUAUAUGGGCCAAGAACAAAUCUAAAUGCUACUCUGACGACUGUGCAAGUUCAUGCAACAUCCUGCCGACAUCUGAAGUUAUUGAGUCACAUUCGCCAUCAACCCUGGAACCGAUUAAUAUUUCAAUGGAUAUUAUAGACCAUGUAUCUCACUCCGAGACGGUAGUGGCUGAAAAAGAAGUUAUAGACUUCGGAAACUCUUUAACACCUCAAAAUUAUUCUUUAGCCUCAGUUGAAGAUAUAAGAGAACAAUCACCUAUUAUUGUUGACAGCGGUUUUGGAGGGGUUAAUCAAAAUCUUGAAGUUGAAGAUUUUAAUACAUUGCAGAGAGUUGUUGAGUGUACGCCCAAAAAGAUAUCUACAAUUACUCAUCCUCCGUCACCAUCAAUACUUCAGCUUCCCAGUGAUCCAGCUGUUACUGAAAGAAAUGGCAUACCCCAACCUGAAAUAAUAACGACGGCAAACAGUCAGUGGGCAGUAGACAACACAAUCACGUCGAGCAUUGUUCCCGAAAAUAGAUCACCUUUUUUGACUCCAGACAGACCAACACGCGCACCUAUUUCAAGAACUAUUCAUACAGAUAAAAUAGCACCCACAAAAAAAAACGAUGGAUGAUGCAUUAGGUAUUAUAGUACCAUCACCUUUUAAAAAGUUUCUUUUUUGGCCGGAAGACGAUAUAAAUAAAAAGAAAAAAAGAAUAAAGAGAGAAAAAAUACCAGCAGCAGUAACAAGCAAGGCAUGGCGCGAAUACCAUGAAAAAAAAGAAAAUGAGAAAAAAAGGCAACAAAAAGAAAAAGAAGAACGAGCAAGAAAACGACAAGAAAAAAAGGAGUUGAAAGAAAACAAUGCAGAAAACAAAAAGAAAACCAUUUCUAAAAAAAAUAAAAAGAAGAUACCCCGAAUUGAAUCAUCUUCAGAAGAGUCAAGUUUAGAGAUUGAGUUUGCUGAAAGUGAUUGCAGCUAUGCUGAAGAUAAUAUUUCGGAAGAUAAUGACAGAGAAAAUAUAAUCAACAAAAUCAGUAAAUCAGUUAACAGUUAAAGAAAACCAUUAAAACGUAAAAAACCAGUGUCUCCCACCACCACUGACUCUGAUUUUGACAUAGAUGCCUCAUGCUCACUUAGCACACUUACUACUAAGAAGAAAGUAAGUAAAACUAGACAAACAAAUAAAAUUACUUCAGGAUGUUACGUAAUAGUAACGUACGAAAAUAAAUACUUUCCCGGGAAGGUAGAAAAGGUAGAGAAUAAUCUAUUCGAAGUUAGUGCAAUGGUUUUGUCAAUGGGCAACACCUUUAGAUGGCCUGAAAAACCAGAUAAAAUAUGGUACAUAUUUGAUCAAAUAAUUGAAAAAAUUGAUACACCCGUGCGUCUCAACAAUAGAGGGUUUUAUAAAAUCAAAGAAAUGCAAAAGUAUUUACCUGACAUAUAUAAUUAAGGAUCUCAGUAAAAAUAUGUGAUAUAUAAAUAUAUAUAUAUAAUAUAAAAUUUGGUAAAACGUUAGGUAUAUAUAUACUUACUUGGAUAAAAUAUGUGAUCGUUUUAUAGAACUUAGUUGCUCACUCACUUGUUUGUUCCUAACAGAGAUAUACAUGUCGCGUCGACGGUGGCCGGAGGCGACUUCGGAGGCUCAUUGUAAACAUUUGUUUCCUCAUUAUUCAUUUCGUGGGCGUUGAGUGGGUAAUAAGUUAACAAACGCCGACGGCCUCUGUGGCGCAGCGGUAGCGCGCUUGUCUGUGUCACCGGAGGUCCCGGGUUCGAAUCCCGGCAAGGGCAUGAUGAGAAACGAACUUUCUCUG